CACCGACACUCGUGAAGUUGGUGGAGCUAUCUCAACUGAGGUGCUUCCAGUACAUGCGGAUACUGGAUCUUCGACAUCUGAAAGGUUGGGCAACACUGGUCGACAGACUUCCAUUUCUGAUAGCCAAACGUGUCGCUCAAUUAGAAAGCUCAGCCUCAAUCCUCGGGCGUAACUGGAGGCACGAAGGUUAUCCUCAUCUCAAGACGAUCAAGGCAUCUGGCCGAUAUAACACUCUGGUGGGGUCGUUGCUACCAUUGUUUCAUGUGGAGGGGAUUUCAUUUGACGGCUGGGAUUACCGUCAUUUCUUUCCGGCCAACCUAGGUAUCGAAUACUGCCAAUCCGUCACCCUGAACAUCCACCCCAACUCUCGCUGGACCCAAUUCCGCAACAGAGGACUGAACGUUCCACGUCAUGCUAGCUUGAAAAUCAACAUCGCGAUAGGUUGGCACGAACCUCAUCAUACGGAACCUCUUCUCAGCAAAGAAGGGUGUGCACGGACCGCCCAACAGGCCCUUGAGCAACUGGAUAGGUUCGGCGUCUUGGACAAGCCAAUCGUAUUCAGCCCCUACCUGGGUAACGGAGGACAUCGCUUCUGCUUUCCUACGCAGAAGCCACAAGCAGUUAAAGAAGCUGAUUAUCACCACUCGCCUAUCGAAUUUCAAUCCCCAUGCAAUUGUGGUAUGGGAGACUUGACCGGCAUAUGGGAGGCAAUCGAAGCUCGUAUACGAACUUGGAUGCAAGGUAGACCCGUCAAUGUGGACCAAUAGUAGCCUGUACACUGGCAUGUCCCAGGAAAAGCCUUUUCGCAAACGAUACUCAGGUUAAAAGGUGUCUAAGCCUAUGAGACACCUCAGCUAGACCAAUUCUCACGGCCUCUCCCUACGCACACUAUACGAGCCUUUGCAUCAACCUGAUAGAAAACGCUCGCAGUCUCUCUGUUCCUGAUUAUGCUGCAAAUGCGAUCCUACGAUUUACC